AUGGUGAAAAGUAGUCAAACCAAGCAGAGCGAAAGUACCCAAACCAAAAAUAAAAAAAUUAGAGUUUAUGAACUAGCAAAACAAUAUGGGGUAAGCAGCAAAGAAUUUGUCGAAGAGUUGCAUGGGUAUAGCAUUCCCAUCAAAAACCACAUGAGUACGCUGGAUUCGGAAACUGUCCAGUUGAUCGAGACCCAACGAAACGCUGCAAAGCUACCCCCCGCUGAACCUCCUGAAGCCAAAGUUGAGCCACCUAGCAGGAAAAAGGAAACAAAGAAAGCUAAAAAAGUUGCAGCAGUUUCCGCUAUUGAUGAAGCACAAGUUAUUGAGACAAAAGCAGAAGUCCCCAAAAAAGAUGCAGCAAUCAGUGAGGAAGGAGCCACUGUUGGGAUCCUUGCCUCCGAGCUAGGAUUUAAGGGAACCGAAAUGAUUAUGCAUCUCAUGAAAUUGGGGGUCAUGGCGAGCAUUAAUCAACGUUUAGACUACGAGACACUGCAAGCCAUAAGCAACCAAUUUGGGUUUGAAGCUGUCCGUAAAUUGACGCUGGAAGAGCAAAUCCUUCAGGACGAGCCAGAUGAUGCAACAAAUCUGCUCUCACGUUCCCCUGUUAUUACGAUUAUGGGGCAUGUUGACCACGGUAAAACAUCCUUGCUGGACGCCAUCCGACAAUCAAACGUCAUGGAUACAGAGGCAGGGCAGAUUACCCAGCAUAUCGGUGCUUACCAUGUGGAAUUGGAAAGUGGCAGUGUUGUCUUUCUCGACACUCCCGGACACGCAGCAUUUACUGCGAUGCGUGCUCGCGGCGCGCAAGUAACUGAUAUUGUCGUCCUUGUUGUCGCAGCAGAUGAUGGUGUAAUGCCGCAGACCGUUGAAGCGCUCAACCACGCAAAGGCAGCGGGGGUUCCGAUCCUUGUUGUACUCAACAAAAUGGAUGUCGAAAGUGCUAGACCCGAUCAUGUCAAGCGGCAGUUAGCAGAAUAUGACCUCGUCCCCGAAGAAUGGGGUGGGCAGACCAUUUUUGUUGAGAUUUCUGCAAAGGAACGGAUCGGCAUUGAAGAGUUGCUAGAAAUGCUGCUCCUUGAAGCCGAACUGCUCGAGCUCAGUGCCAAUCCGAAUAAGCCUGCCCGUGGGACAGUCGCCGAGGCUAAAUUGGAUAAAGGACGAGGUCCCGUGGCGACUGUGCUUGUCCAAAAUGGGACUUUGCGGGUUGGUGAUGUCUUCGUUGCCGGUCGUUAUAACGGGAAGGUUCGUGCCAUGAUAAAUGACCGAGGGCAUCAUGUGAAAAAUGCACCACCUUCAACCCCGGUUGAGGUGCUUGGUUUUACAGGAGUUCCAGAGGCUGGAGACCAAUUUUUUGUGGUUGGCUCUGAAAGAGAUGCUAAAGCACUCAGUGAAUUUCGACAAGCGCAACAUCGGGCGACACAACUGGGACCGCAGAGCCGUGUCAGUUUAGAGGAACUUUUCCAACAGAUUCAGGAAGGCGAUAUUAAAGAGCUAAAUAUCAUCGUAAAAGGUGACGUGCAAGGUUCCGUCGAAGCGGUCUUUGAUUCCUUGCAGCGAUUAAGCGCAGAUGAAGUCAAGAUUAACGUUAUUCACCAAGCUGUUGGUGGAAUCACCGAAACAGACGUUUUACUGGCAUCUGCCUCCAAUGCAAUUGUCGUUGGUUUUAAUGUCCACCCCACGACUGGUGCCUUAAUCGCGAAAGAAAACGAAGACAUUGAUGUCCGGACCUACAGUGUAAUUUACGACCUGAUUUCUGAUGUUAGAUCGGCGAUGGAAGGACUGCUUGAACCGGAAGUCCGAGAGGUUGUUGUCGGUAGGGGAAUCGUUCGAGAGUUGUUUAGGACGCCACGCAUGGGUACGAUUGCAGGUAGUUAUGUAAAUUGGGGGCGAAUCAUCCGUAACUACGCCCUCCGCGUCUUACGAGACAAUCGCCUAGUCUACGAGGGGCAGGUUGAUUCGUUACGACAUUUUAAGGAAGAUGUUACUGAGGUUCAGGCAAACUACGAAUGUGGUAUCGGUGUCAGUACUUUUGAUGAUUUCAAAGUGGAUGAUGUAUUGGAGUGUUAUACCCACGAGCGCAUACCGCGCUUACUGAAGUAG